CAAACUCUUCAGAAUUCGGGACAAACACCUUGCAGAGACAAUUUAUAAAAGAUUUGGCCAAAUGUUUAAAAAAAAUGAUUUAAACUCCGUGGUGACGGGUUGUGUAUUUGAAAAGUUGAUCACUUGUUUUGUUUUUUUCUGCUUUGGAAAUCAAAUGUUUUAGAAAGCAGAAUGUUUUGUUGUUGAAAUCAGAAAGUGACGCAACGUGGAGAACAAUAUUAAAAUCCUUUUAAAUUUCUUUUGAGAUUGUGACCAACAUUUGAAUUUAGUGUGAAAUUUCUUAAGAAACAAAAAAAAACAAACCUAUGCAAUUAAAAAUUCAAUUAGAUAAACAUACUCCAUUACGCAUUACAAAUGCAAUAAGCUAAUAUUGUCUGUUUAUCAACCUGCUCCAUUAAAAACAACCACUUUUACACCAGUUCAAUCCGGAUUUACACCCAGACGUCUUUUAAUAACAGGUCAUAAUCCCAGUCAGCUGAUUUUGAAGAUGCUAAAAGUGCAUUUAUGUCUGUUUCUGAGUUUAAAGUAGAGAACGUCUCUGACGGGUCCACCACCAGAGACAGAGAUCUCCUCCUGUAGGACGAGAAAAUUAAAAACACAAAAAAAUCAAACAGGCAGGUUGGACAUGAAUCACGUUUCCCUGCGUCUCGAUGAGCAUCGGCUGCUUAUUUAUGGCGCCGAUCUGGUCACUUCAUUAAUUCCAGGGGAUUUGCAUUUGUCUAUUGUAUAUUUAACCCCCUUCAGCCCGGUAGUUUGUUUGAAUAUAUAUAUGUAACAACUUGUACACUCUCUGGUAGAUGGAGAUGAAGCAGAGGCCGAGGUACUGUAAUAAUUAGAAGCAAUAAGCCGAGUAAUUGACUUGGCAGAAUUAAUCAAAAACUCUUAUGAUAAUCUUUUAUUUGAUUGUUUUCCUGCUGUGAUGAUCUGCUACAUUGUCUUGUCUUAAGUGAUAGUAAUAUUAAUAUCUUUGGGAUUUGGACUGUUGGAUUUUUAAAAGAAAAAGUCAUAUGAAGACAUUUGGUUCUGAUGUAAUUCACCCAAAAAUAUGGAGAAAAAAAAUCUAUUGACAGAUUAAUUUAUAACAAAGAUAAUGAUUGAUGGCAGCCAUUUUUGUGUUUUUCCAUAUUUGAUAUUGUUAGUAAGGAGAGAAAGCAAAGGCUCAGAGGAGCCAGACCUGUUUCCAACAGCAGUAAACUGUGAAGACAUUUGCAUAUAAACAGUAAUAACUCAUUUUAAUAAUCCUGCGUUGGCCACAUCUUUUGAGUUUGUGUUGUUUUAAAUGUUAAUAAUGCACAUAAAUGCGUUUGUGUGUUUUAUGGAGAUUCGUGCGGAAAGUGUUCAUUUCGUGUCAGACAGCAACAGAAGUAAUUUGAAAAUCUCUGGAGUUUUAUGUCGCUACAAGUUUUAGGGGGAGAACGAAAUCGCUCCAAGUGAUGGAGUGUAAACGUGAUGCCGGCGGAACAACAAUAUUAAAAACCCCACCAGAGAAAAUUACUUGUAUUUUCUUUUCUGCUGCGCCGCCGCGGGAACAUUCAUUGGAUUCUGCCCCAUCUGCUGUAAUCAAUAACGUGGCCAUCUUUGGCCUUUUUUGUUUUUUGUUUUUUUUAUGAAACGCACUUACUCUUAAUUUCAUCCACCAGUGGUUUUAGAGAGAAGAAUGCGGAGUUACCUAUGAGGCGUCCACAUUAUAAAUCACCGCUGGCGACCAGAUUGUGCGGCAGUAUCGAUUGAUCCUGAUAUAUCACAGAAAUUUACUGUCACUUCUGUUUUCAAUUAAAGAUACAAUCAGUCAGAUAAUGACUUAAUUGGAUUUUACGGAAGAUUGAGUUUUAUCGCCGCGUGCUUUACGAGUUUAGUUAAGGAAGGCCCGUUUAUCACGGGUUGUCAGGGGCGACCCGCCGCCGCCGCCGCCGCCUUGUCCUUCUGUAGCUGCUGCCGCUGCCCUGCAGCGCAGGGGAGAAAGUGUCACAGGAUUGGUUUUCCUUGAGCUGCCUCUGCCUCCAUGAAUCACUCCCUCCCAUAAUAGAUUAAAUCCCACCGUGACACCGCCGGGGGCGGAGUGAUGGCUGGGCCUCGAUACAAGACAAGGAAGUCUGGAGGAGGAAACGGAAACUUCCCAAGACUCGGAAGUGCCAAACUUUAGAGGGUCAGUAGGACCUGGGAGUGAGGGGUCCGAUUCACAACAACGAAGAGGUCUGUCAGACAGGUUGGUGCAGGUAGAUUUCAGUCCUGCAUCUGGUCCUGUGGGACUUCACCUGGAAAACAUCUAAUGGCACGUUGACCUAACAAAGUCCAAUUGAUUUAAUGUGUGAAUUUGUUUCAGCUUCACCAAAUCUGACCGCUGGACAACGAAAGAUGUUCUCCGCUCUCAGUGGGAUCUUCAGGGGAUGUCAGCCCAAAUAUGUGACAGAGGGAAGACGUCAUCGUUUGGACAGAUGUGCUUCAGGAUUAUCAAGAUCUUUAUUCAUUUCUUUUUUUUGUUGUUGUUGUUGUUUGCUUUAGGUAGAAGAUGAUGUAAAGUUUCUCGUCUCUCCGUCAACUUAGCUUGGUCCUAAGUUAUUAGGACAUUCUUAUUUAUUUGAAGAAGGGGAUCCAAACCAAUCCCCAACAGACGGCACAGAGAGCACAGACACAAAACCACAGCAAAAGUGACACACAAUGACCGAAAGUGGAUGAAAAUGAACUAUGAAUAUAUGCAAAAAUGGCCAAGACGCUAAAAUAAAUUGACCAAAACAAACAAAAACCGGAACAAAGGGACGAAUAAAUGACCACAUGCACCGAAAGUGUCCGGAAAAGGGACCGGAAACGACCACACAUGUUAAAAUGACCACAGAGAGAUGCAGAAUGUUCACACGUAGGGAAGCCCAAUGAGGUCGAAUGAGAGGAGGAGGCCAAAAAAGAAAAUCAUAGAAUUAUUUGGAUAAAUUCAACUUUACAUGCGUUUCCCAGGUUCGAAGUAGCUUCUUUAAUGGACGUAUCACUAUACAGAAGUCCUGAAUCCAGAGAUACAAGAGUAGAAAAUGUGUUUUUUAAUAUAGGUUUCAUAUUAAAAUUUUAAAAAUGUAUUCAUUUUUUGCAGAAACCUUAAAAAACGGACACUCCAGACGUUCCCUUUCCUCUCCCUGGAGGCCGGUGGAUGAAGUGGGACGUCUGACGGAUGUUUCUCCUGCUCCCGACAAACGUCCCACUAAUUCACACGUCUGGCUAAUUCCUCUGGAGGCGCUCGGCGGCCCCCCGCCUCCCCGGGGACGCUUCAAUCAGCGUUUCUGCGACGGGACUCUUGUGUGGCGGCGCCGCCCCCCAAUCAGCGGCCGAUUCUUCCAUCUCCAUUUUUCCCUCGAGGUCCGAAGAGGCAAAACGAAACAGAACUUAAAGAAAAGCAAAUAUCAGAGCCACAGAUUUUUUCAGCCCGGUUUGCCCUUUGACCUGCGUCAGUGGUACAGAAGGCGCUUUGACGCGAGUAGCAGCGUUUGGCUACUCGUCUCCAUAAGUGCGCGUCAGGCUGAUGCGUAUCUGCGCUGUCAGUCAGUCAGUCGCGGGGAGCGGGAGAGAAAAGGUGGAUCCUCCACAACAAGCCAACACUUCUUCUCCUCCUCCUCCUCUCCAUCCUGCCAUGCGUGUGGCGGAGCAGCGCCGUGCAGCCGCGUCCCUCUGACAACAACUCUCCGCUCUCCGCCUCGCCGCCGCCGUUGCGCACAUGCACUUGUGCGUCCCGGGGAAACACGACAGGAUGAACGGCUACGGGUCGCCCUACCUGUACAUGGGGGCGCCGGUGUCCCAGCCGCGGGCCCCGCUCCAGAGGACCCCCAAGUGCGCGCGGUGCCGCAACCACGGCGUGCUGUCGUGGCUCAAGGGCCACAAGCGCUACUGCCGCUUCAAGGACUGCACCUGCGAGAAGUGCAUCCUCAUCAUCGAGCGGCAGCGCGUCAUGGCGGCGCAGGUGGCGCUGCGCCGGCAGCAGGCCAACGAGAGUCUGGAGAGCCUCAUCCCGGAGUCGCUGCGGGUGCUGCCCGGCAUCGGCAUGGCCGGGGCCGGCGAGGGCAACCGGGGAACGCCGCCGAGCUCCGAGGAGCUGGAGCUGAGGUGGAGCAGCACGGAGGCGGCGCAGGCCGGAGCGCAGACGUGCACAGAGCCGGCGGACGAGGGCCCCGAGGAGGCGUCCGGAGGAGAGAACGGCGGCAGCUCCAGCGAGAGGGAGCAGGACCCGGUCAGCUCGCCCGAGGCCUCCUCCAAGACGACCGCCUGCUACAGCCCGGAGCCCCCGGAGCCCCCGGGCCACCACGCGGACAGCGAGAGCCGCUACAGCCUCCCGAAGGCCGCCGAGAAUAGGGAGGCCAAGACCGAGAGUCCCCCCCACAACAAGCACCCGGGGGUGAGCCCCGCGGAGCAGGGCGUGCUCAUCGAGGGCCUCGCCGGCUCCAUCAACCUGCCCUUCAGCCUGCGGGCCAACCGGCCGCCGCUGGACGUGCUGAAGAAGAUCUUCCCCGCGCACAAGCCUCCCGUGCUGGAGCUCAUCCUGCGCGGCUGCGGGGGCGACCUGGUGGGGGCCAUCGAGAUGCUGCUGUCCAGCCGGGGUCCCGACGGGGGCGCGCACGCGCUCGCCGACUCGCACGCGGACGCCCUGGUGCUGCCCCCGAGCGGACACCUGUUCGAGCACACGCUGGGCUCCUACCACCCGGUAUCCUCCUCCGGCGCCAAGUGGUCGGUGGGCUCCGCGUUCCGGGUGCCCGAGUCCCUGCGGUUCGCGUCCGACUCCGCCCCGGGCGUGGUGCCCCUGCAGCACCCGUCCUUCCCGCAGCCCGCGCGCUACCCGCUCAUGCUGCGCAACUCGCUGACGCGCAGCCAGGCGAGCCCGUUCGUGCACAACGACGUGACUCUGUGGAAUACCAUGGCCCUGCAGCAGCAGUACCAGCUCCGCUCGGCGGCGCAGUACGUGUCGCCCUUCUCCCCCGCGGCCCCCGCCGGGCCCGGCGCGUCCGUGUUCCGCGGCUCGCCCAUCCUGCCCCCCAGGGCCUCCGAGGAGCCGCGCAUCGGCGGCCAGGAGGAGAGCUGCACGCUGGGGCCCAAGCCGGGCCUCUACUCCCCCGACGAGGAGUACGAGGAGCGCUCCGACUCCGCAGACUCCCGCAUCCUGAACUCAUCCACCUGAGAACACACGCUGGUGGCGGACCACUGCAGCGGGGGAGAACCAAAAAUGUAUUAGCGUGCGCGUGCGUGUGUGUGUGUGUGGACUGAUCUGUGUGAAACAAUCACCCCUCAUGUUUUCAAGAUGUCACUGGACUCGACCAAAAAAAACCCCCAACAACAACCAACAAAACACGGAUGAAUGUAAAAAAAACCACUGUGAUCAUCAUCAUCAUCAUCAUCAUCACUCCAUUAUUUUGAAAAUCCACCAUCUAUUUCCUGUAAGCAUGUUUGUUACUGUGAAAUCCGUCGAUGUUAAAGAUCAUCACUGCAUGUUGAGAGUAUAUAUGCCAAAAAAUAAAUCCCAGUUGAUCCGA